UUCAAAGAAAAUCUGUCUUCUCCAACAAUUCAUGCCGUGCGGUACUGAACCACCGAUGGGGAAAACGGUAACCCCACUGUAUAGGCUCGCAACGCCACCAUUGUCGUUAUGUCGUUAAUGUAACUGCUCUGCUCUUAAGCUGCGGUGCGGUGCUACUGGGACGGGUGGGACCCAACGGUUUAGCGAUGUGUCAAUUUUUGAUGAAACUCUAACCCAAAAAAAAAGAAAAAAAGAAAAUGCAGCUGGGAGAGACAAAAUUUAAAGGGUCCCACAGGAAAAUGAGGUGCCAGUUCCUAGGUUGGUGAAAUGUAGACUCAUCAACCAAAUUACUGUUUUGAACCCAACAUAGGCCUGAAGCACGUUUAACCCUGGGAAGACAAGGGAGAAGAAACAUUGUGCUGGCUUCUGUGUGAGCUUGUCUAGCAUGAACUGAAUGGUGUUGUAUUUGUUUUCCUUUUUCUUUCGUGGGUUGUAAUUUGCCAAGCUUUUACUGCUUUUGUAUUCAAGUCAAAAGAGUCAGUCAAGCAAAUCCUCUCUCUCUCUCUCUCUCUCUGUGCCCCCACAAGAAAGUGAAAUUACACACUUACUGUCCCCUUUGAUUCCUUUUCUUUAUUAUUCAAAUCUCUCUCUCUCUCACUCUCAUUCCUAAAUCAGUUGGUGGGACAACCUAUGUUUCUUUUGUCAGGAUUCUCUUGAUCUUACUCCACAACAAGGGCUAGAAACAAAGAAUAACACUGAUGCCCCACAAAUCAAUAAAAGAUUGUUAAAAAAAAAAAAAACUGCAAGAAUGAAGAAUCUCCCUUCUCCCCUUCCUUCAUUCCAACCAACCCACCAUCUAUAAGGAGAAGCCUUCUCAUUAUUUUUUCUUUCUCAAACUGAAAACCCACUACUACUCUCUCAUGGCCACUAGAACCUCUCAUCAAGACUCCUCCACUUCCUCCAAGAGACACUUCCACUGGACCAAAAAAAUUGGAACUGAAAAUGACGAUGUUCCAACCUUUAACAAGUCCUCCUCAAACACUACUAAUGAGGAAGACAAAAAAGAAAAUGCAAGAAACCAUGCUGCUCUGUUAACCCCGAAGAAGAAGCUACCGGCAGUAGCAGUUGCUAGACUUCGGUCUGUUCUUGCAGCCUUUGGCAAGAACCGGUCUAGCCUACCACACGGGCUCGGGCCUCGGGUUGUAGGCACCCUUUUCGGCUAUCGCCGUGGUCAUGUUCAUUUUGCAUUUCAAAGAGAUCCCAAUUCACCUCCAGCUUUCCUCAUAGAGCUUGCUACACCAAUUAGCGGAUUGGUUAGAGAAAUGGCAUCUGGGUUGGUUAGAAUUGCAUUGGAGUGUGAUAAAGAGAAAGAAGAUCAAGAAAAGAAAGCAGUUAGAUUGUUGGAAGAGCCAAUGUGGAGGACUUACUGUAACGGGAAGAAAUGUGGUUUUGCAACAAGGAGAGAGUGUGGGCCUAAAGAAUGGAAGGUGUUGAAAGCUGUGGAGCCUAUUUCAAUGGGCGCUGGUGUUUUGCCAGGGAUUGCAACUGAGCCUGGGACUGAUGGUGAAAUCAUGUACAUGAGAGCUAAAUUUGAAAGAAUUGUUGGGUCUAGAGAUUCUGAGGCUUUCUAUAUGAUGAAUCCUGACAGCAAUGGAGCUCCUGAGCUUAGUGUCUAUCUGCUUAGAGUCUAAAGUCUUUGGGUUACUUGCAUAUUCCUUAUUAUUUUUCUUUUUCUUUAAAUGAUUUUGGAAUAGUAAGUUAGUCAUACUUAUUUAGUUCUUGAAGAAUCAAUCAUGAAAAUGGAUGUCUAGUUCUUCAGGACUUCUGUUUGUUUCUUUUUCUUUUUUCUCCUUUUGAGAAAUUGGGGAAAAAAAGUGGGGGCUUUACUUGUAUUUUGUUAGAUUUAGGUGGAGGGGGCAAAUACAGUAGAACAUGAUGGAUAGGUGGGGUCAUGAAGGUGUAUAUGUAUAGUUUUCUCUUUAAUCCUUUACUAAGUGAUGAGACAAGGAGACUAAUGCAAUUAUGAAUGUCUUCCUAUUUUGUUUUA